AACAAUUUGUCGAAGUGGAGUACUCGCAAAAAAAUAUGAAUCAAAAGCAUGGUGGUUAGAGCUCUUGUCGUAACGCUAGCUUAAUUAUACUGUACCUUCCUUGCCGCUUUUCAUAUUUUCGUACUGCUGAAAACGAUAUGGCUGCUGUUAACAUAGUGAACUCCAGUGCGGCUUUCGACCUUAGUCCAGUUAUAAACAAUGUAUCGCUCAGUCUGUACGGUGCCGCCUCGUCUGUGCAUCCAGAGGGGAAUUUCUUGUUGUCCCCUAUUAGUAUUUUGUAUUCGGCUGUAUUGAUAUAUUUGGGUGCCCGUGGGUCCAGCCGAGACAACCUGUAUUCGGCGCUGGACUUUCAAGAGUUCUCCCAGUCUGGCUCCGACGAAGAUAUUGCCGGAGCCUUCGGUCAGCUAAUGAACAGCUUGAAAUUGACGACUGAGAAAUCAGCUGCAAAAAUUACAUCCGAAUGGCAUGGUGAUACCGGUAAUCCAGCAUACCGGUUUCAGUUAGCGUUAGCGAACGGAGUUUUCCUCCGAGAUGGUCUUAAAACCGACAGAAACUAUUUGGCGUUGGUUAACCAAAAUCUGAAGGCAGCGAUUGUUACGAAAGACUUUGCCCACCAUCUCGACCAAGCUCGCAAGGAUAUCAAUAAGUGGACAGCAGAACGCACUGGAGGUCACAUCAAGGACCUUCUUCCACCCCGUGCCAUCGAUGGGAACACGGUUGCCGUUCUUGCCAACGCUAUUUACUUCAAGAGCCGCUGGGAACGAAUAUUCAAUGAAGAGUACACUAAAAAGAAUGCCACUUUCCAUUUGCUGAAUGGCGAGACGACCACCGUGCAGAUGAUGCACAUGCCCAAGCCGCGCCGUUCUUGGAAUUAUGCAGAAGACAGCGACCUCGACAUCCAGUACGUCGAAAUUCCGUACUACGAAAGAGAAGCGUCCCUGCUCGUAUUCCUGCCGAAGCAGAUGACGGGUUUACGCGAUCUUGAGAAAAACCUCACAGCACAGGCCAUCCGGAAGCUUGCCGUGAAAGCUGAGGAGGAUGACGGUAGAAUGGUGCUCCUGAGUCUGCCCAAAUUCAAAGUGGAAAGCAGUUUCGACAUGGUGAAUCUACUGAAAGGAAUUGGAGUGAACGAUAUUUUUACAGAGGCUGCCGAUUUAAAGGGGAUGGUACCCAGUGGGCAGAUUUUCGUUGACAAGGCCUUUCACAAGACCGUAAUUGAUCUCAACGAGAAAGGAACCGAAGCAGCCGGUGCCAGUGGAUCGCUUAUGACGACACGCAGUGGAGUGAUUGAUCCUGUGGAUUUCAUUGCAGACCAUCCAUUUAUGUAUGCCAUCCGUCAUAACCCUUCGAAAACGAUACUCUUCAUUGGUCGCAUAGAAAAAUGAACAGUAUUGUGAUAAGUAAAUUAUAAGUUAAGUCAUUCGUGGGCAGUGUUGGCUCGAUGUGCGAAUAUCUUGAAAAAGCGCGCGUUUUUAGUGUGGUUCUACAUACCUAUAUACUGUAUAAGCAAGCAACAGCUGAGCAUCUUCUAUAGAAGAACUACUAGCUAAACGGUUAGACGGGUCCCAUUCUAAUACAGACAUCUGAAGCAAAAUUCUGACGAGGGACUGCUCGCAAUAUUUUGGGAACAGUAUCUUCCCGUGUAAAUUGAAAUGGAUAUCUCAUUAAGCUGGUGUUUCUGCAUAAUGCAAGUAUAGACUUCGUAAGCG